AUGUCAUCAGCUGAAGUUGAUUUAGGUCGACGAAAAGCACCUACAUGUCAUGCUUUAAAAAUAUAUGGUGAUGAUCUCAUAGUCAAUGUUCAAAUAGAAAACUUCAAUCCUGUUAUCGGUCGUGAUAAAGAAAUUCGUCAAAUUAUUGAAGUUUUAUCAGGAUCAAUAAAAAAUAACAUUAUUUUAGUUGGAGAAGCGGGUGUGGGAAAAACAAGUAUUGUUAAAGGUUUAGCACACUUUAUUAUUGAGCAAGAUAUUCCUGAUACAUUACCUCAACGUUUGAUUACAUUAAAUAUCAAAGAAUUAAUUAAUAAUGGAAAUCAUCUUGAUGAAUUUGAAAAACGUUUUAUAUCAGUUUUAAAAGAAAUAAAAAGUUUAAAUGGUGAAAUUAUUUUAUUUGUAGAUGAAAUUCAUUUAGUUGUUCAUGCAAAAGAUACAAUGGAUUCGACAAAAUUAUUCAAAUCAAUGUUAAUUGAUGGUGAAUUUCGUUGUAUUGGUGCAACAACUAUCGAUAAAUAUAAAACAUAUAUUGAAGAAGAUCCAGUAUUUGAAAAAUACUUUCAACAAGUUUUGGUUAAAGAAAUAUCAGUUGAUGAUUGUGUUUCAAUAUUACGUAGUGUAAAAGAUCGUUGUGAAUCACAUUUUGGUGUUCAAAUUCUUGAUACAACUUUAGUUAACGCCGCAAAAUUAUCUAGUCGUUAUAUAAAAAAUCAAUUUUUACCUAAUAAGGCUUUUUAUUUAAUUAAUGAAGCAUGUUUAAUGGCAUGUCAACGAGCGAAUAGUCAACCUAAACUAAUUGAUCAAUUAGAAUAUGAAAAAUUACAAUUAAAUGUUGAAGCAACAAAAAUAUCGGAAGAAAAAAAAUCAACUCUACCUUCCGACAUGGAAUAUGAAACGAUUCCUAAUCUUGAAAAAAGAAUUGUAGAAAAACAAGAUAAAAUUACUGAAGAAAAUAAACAAGAAGAAGAUCGAUUGUUAAAUAUAAUUGUUCAACCAAAUAUUAUCUUUGAAAUAGGACCAAUUGGUGUUGGUAAAACAGAGUUAGCAAAAAUAUUAGCAUUAGGAUUAUUUGGUUCAAUAGAAUCAAUAAAUCAUAUUAAUAUGAAUAAAUAUAUUGAAUCUCAUUCAACUGCUAACUUAAUUCAUAUAAAACAAGAUAAUGUUGUUUGUGGAAAAUUAAUAGAAGAUGUUCAAAACCAACUUUAUAACGUUAUUUUAUUUGAUGAAGUUGAAAAAGGUCAUCCACAAAUUUUGGAUAUAAUAUUAAAAAUUUUAAAUGGUGAUUGUCUUAUUAAUGAAAAAGGUCAAAUAAUUGAUUUUACAAAUACCAUUAUUAUUUUAUCCACAAGUAUUGAUGCACAAUAUAAAUCCAAACAAGUUAAAAAUGUAAUUUAUUCAAAAAAAAAUUCCGAUGAAGAAUUAUCUCAAGCAAUUAAAGAUCAUUUGAUGGAAAAAGUUCGUUUACAUUUUCGAUCUGAGUUUCUAAAUCGUUUGGAUGCCAUUGUAUUCUUUCAACCUCUUUAUUUUAAUGAACUUUCAUCUGUAAUUCAUCUUCAAUUACAAUCAAUUGGAGAACGUUUCAAAGAACAAUAUAUUACAUUUGCUUUAACUGAUGAAGCUAUUCAAUCAAUUCUUAAGAGAUCUUAUAAUCCAGCUUAUGGUGUUCAAUCAUUAAAAACUUAUCUGGAACAACAUAUCAUAAAUAAACUUUCAACAUUACUAACACGAACUGAAAUUCCCUCACAUUGUCAUGUUACAAUUGAUACUGGUGCAAAUGAUUCAUAUAAAUUUGAUAUUCAACAAUCAUUAACAACAAGUUCAACUUCACACUUAAACAUAAAAAAUUAG